AUGAAAUGGAAAAUAGCCAGAGUUUUGAUCGUCAAAUGGUUGGCAAUAUCGGUGGUCGGUUGCUGGCCAUUCCAAGCGCCGCCGUUACCCCAACCACCGCUAGCCCCGCCACCGAUACCGCCGAUGCCACCGUUGCAUAUGUUUGAAGAUCACUAUAUACGUGUAAGUCAUGGUCCUCAUAUUGAUCGCGGACUCACACAUAUGGCAUCCCAAACUUCGGGUGCUUUUCAGCCCAUAAACCAGAAUCUGUUUUAUUCAAUGCCACCGCAAAUGCUUUACUCGGCUGAGAGACCUUUACGGGAGAGGCCAUCCCGUGAGAGACUCUACGACGACAAUCGUUACGAUUUGGGGAUUACUCGUGAGUUUUCGACCAGAUAUAGCGCACGGGAACCGCAGCAGCCAAUAAUGAGAGUCCGCGAAUCAAAGUAUAGAUAUCGUAAACGUAUGAAAAGUCAAAAACCGAUUGACUCGUCGACUGAGACGACGUCCAGUGUUGAUAACACCUAUAAUAGUGAAGUCAAUUAUGAAGAGAUUCAGUCAACUAAUAACAAUAAUAAUAAUAAUAAUAACAAUUCACCCGCUAAUGGUCAGCCUCCGCGUAGGUAUAAUGUCAUCCAUAGUAAUAGUCGUCUUAAGUCUGGCAACAAUCUGAACAACAAUAUACCCAAUUCAGUCAACGAUAAAUUGGAUCAGAUAUCGACAAAAAAAGUUGUCUUCGAUGAAGACAAUAAUUACCGACGAAAUAAAAGUGAAAACAUUCACAGAAUAUGGAAAAAACUAAUAUUAAUGUAA